UCUCUCUCUCCCUCUCUCCGUCUCAUUUCCCUCUCUAGAACGGCCUCUGAAACCAAACAACGCGCCAGCUCCAAGCACAGAACUCCUCCGGCAAACCCUAGCAAUGGCCUUUAUUGCGACAAGGCUGCGAUUUCCUUCUUCUUCUACCAUCGGCAAGGCGAGUUCCAGCUGCAUCGGCAAUGGCCGAACUGCCCGUGGCCGGAGGAAGUUCCCUUCCGACCAUCGCCGUGCCAAUCGAAGGUCGUUUUUGCGCAUUCGCCGGAGUUUAAGCUCUGGCAAACGUGAUGAACCUAAUAUGCUUUCAUUUCAAAUGGAGCUGGAUAUCAAUCCCAUACUGACCAGAUUUUGGUUGAGUGCCAUUUUGGUGAAAUCUGAAUCAUUUCCUUUCGGACUGGACAGAUGGAAAAAACAAAUCAUUGAGGCAGGCAUAUAUUGGCAGUGUUGUAGUACCAUCUUACUAGGUCUUUUUUGCCUUCCUAAAAUGAUGCAGAAUAAGAUUGUUGUGCUCAUUUAUCAAUCUGUUGCAUGGUCUUGAUGCAUACUUUAUAGUUUUGCUGUGCUCAUUUAUCAAUCUGUUGCCUCAUGAUGGAGCAUUUUAACUGUUACUUUUUGCAUCUUUUACCAUAUAUUGUUAACAUGUAGCAUCUACCUCUACAUGUUUAGUUUGUUAUUUCAGUCGUUGCUGCUAGGGUUCACAGUUGUUCUUUUUAUUCCAAUUGCCUGCCCUUUCUAGCUUAUGUAGCUUGGUGAAGUUGCCUAGUGAAAAAUUACAGGAUUACUUUUGUUGGCCACAUCUGAAGGGAAUGUUAACAAUGCUUGAAAUUGGUCUCUGAUUAUUCAGUUUAUGUAGAGAUGAGUAUGAUACUUGGUAACUGGAAAAUGUUUUGGCUUAUAUUCAUUGGUUCAUAUCAAGGUGUUCCUGCCAUGAUUCUAUAUCACCCUACAAUAUCACCCGUAGAUUUGCCCUUGGAAAAUUGAGUUUCUUUACAUCCUUUCUUCUUGGCACACAUGGGAUUGCACUCUAACAAGGACAGGCUAUGUGAUUGAUGGGGGGGAUAACUUUUGUGCAUCAUAUACUGAGAUAUGCUUCAGUAAUCGUGAUUUGGUUACUGACUUCUGAACUAGUAAAUACAGUUCAAAGAUUCAUGGACAGAUAUUGAGAUACUCUGAGAUUUGAAAGGAAGGUUGUACGCUUGAAAACAUUGAUAUUUUAGUAAAUCCAUGGCUGUGAUACGUGCAAACACUUGUUUGGCAUUCGAAUAUUAGAUACCUGCUUUGGUAGCUGGAGAGUCGACCACAACCAUAGUCAUUAUAUCUUUCUUUAGAUGGUGUGAGGACUCCAUGAUAUGGGAAGCAACUUCGUUCAGGUCGCCUUUGAAGGGAAUAAUUUCAUACAGUUCCCAGAUCAGCCAAUCAACACAAGUGACACCUAACUUCCAGUACACAUGACCGAAGUUAUGGUGUUUUGUCAUAUAGGAAUCAGGCACCUUUUCAUUUCCAUGUGAUAGUAACAUUGGUAGCAAUGUUAAAAGUUAUUCUUUUGUGAUCGAAAGAUUACAGAGUUUGAAUUGUGGUAACAACUUCUUUUGGGGGGGGUUGAUGGUUGCAUACAAUUACAGUUUUGGCACAGCGGGAGUCUUGUGCACUGGAAUACAUUUUUUUAAUAUAUAGUUUUCAGAACAAGGCCAUUGUUGAUAUUUCAGAUAUGAUAGAAUGU